AUGUAUUCCUCCUUCACAUUGAUCUUCACGGUCAUCUUUUGCCUGGAGACUCUAGUUGCUUUGCUGCAGAAUGGCUUCAUGGUGGGUAUGCUGGGCAGGGAAUGGGUGCAGAGUCGGACACUACCUGCAGGUGACAUGAUUGUAGCCUGUCUUGCUGCCUCUAGGUUCUGCCUGCAUGGGCUAGCCUUCCUGAACAACUUCCUGGCCUUUAUGUUUUGUUACAAAAUUAGCUAUUUGGGCAUACUCUGGGACUUUAGCAACACUCUCACUUUCUGGCUAACCACCUGGCUUGCCAUCUUCUACUGUGUGAAGAUCUCUUCCUUCUCCCAUCCCAUAUUCUUCUGGCUGAAGUGGAGGAUUUCAAGGUCAGUUCCCAGGCUGCUGCUGGUCUCCCUGAUCAUCGGUGGCCUGUCAUGUAUCUCAUCAACCACAGGGCAUGUGAUUUCCUCUCCAACAACGGUCUUCUAUGUAAACUGCACACUUCCGCAUAUAAAAAUGACCUUCUAUCAGAGAUAUUAUCGCUAUCAUGCAAUGCUUUUGUGGGUCAUUCCAUUCUUCCUUUUCUUGACGUCCAUCAUCUUGCUCAUGUUCUCACUGUACCGGCAUAUGGGGCAGAUGCGGGAUUUCAGGUCCGGAGCUCACAAUCCCAGCACCCAGGCUCACACUAUGGCUCUGAAGUCACUUGCCUUUUUCCUGGUCUUCUAUACAUUGUACGUCCUGUCUUUGACAACGUCUACCACAAAAAUCAUAAUCUUCCAGAGCCCCUGGAACUGGGCCUGGGAAGUGGUAACCUACACUGGCAUCUCCCUGCACUCCAUCAUCCUGAUGCUAAGCAGCCCCAAGCUGAGAAAGGCCCUCAAGAUGAGGUUUGCAGACCUCUGUACUGUGUGCUCGUAA